AUGAACCCCAAAAAAUUGUAUGGAAAAAAAAUACAAAUGUGGUUCGGGGGUGUCUGGGCGAGAGCCGCUGCCUGCUGGGAAUCCGGAGUGGGAGGUACAGAGGUUCCUACGGCGCAGCAACUAACAUCAUGCAGCGAAAACGGAACGCUCUGCCGGGUUCUCUGGGAGUCGGUGGACGGUUCAGGUGGCUCUGGGCUAGGUGGGGGAAUCGGUCAGCCAUGUGACCUUCCUGGUAUGAAAGGGGAAGUUUUAUUAGUUUUAAGGUGGUUCGGGGGUGUCUGGGCGAGAGCCGCUGCCUGCUGGGAAUCCGGAGUGGGAGGUACAGAGGUUCCUACGGCGCAGCAACUAACAUCAUGCAGCGAAAACGGAACGCUCUGCCGGGUUCUCUGGGAGUCGGUGGACGGUUCAGGUGGCUCUGGGCUAGGUGGGGGAAUCGGUCAGCCAUGUGACCUUCCUGGUAUGAAAGGGGAAGUUUUAUUAGUUUUAAGUUCUGAUGUUGCUGUUUCUGAACAAGAAGAGGUACUGAAAACUAACUUAGACAUAGUAGAAACUGAUAUUGCUAGUACCGAGCAAUUAGGCUUAGGCCUAUUCUUAGUUGUGAAUCCUGAUGUCGCUGUUUCUGAACAAGAAGAGGUACCGAAAACUGACUUAGACAUAGUAGAAAGUGCUGAUGUUACUGCUCCCGAGCAAGAAAACCCCGUCCUUACCGAAGUUAGUGAAAAUGGGCCUGUAGACUUUGAUGUUCCGAUUACUGAUAUUACUAAUAAUGUUACACCUAGUCGAAAACGAAAGAAACGCCAUCAAGUUAAUAAUUCUACGUGGAAGAUAAAUAAAUCGAAAGAAGCUAGGAAGACUGGAAAAGAGUACUUAGGUACUGAAGAUGAACAUACUAUCCAGGCGAAUGGAAGAAAAAUUAAAUUAAGAGCUGAAAAACAAUUAUGGAUCUGCGAGAAAAACAAGAAAAUGCGAGAACGAGGGGAAGCAUUUUUAGAAUUUUCCAAGAAGAAAAAUAAAAAAUGA